CGUUGGUCUGUUGUGGACGCGUAACAUUUUCAUUGAUUUACAAAAUGUUAUUCCGUUUAUGAUAAGGAUUUGAUUAAAUGACAUUUAAUUCAAUAACAUUUUAAAUUGUGCAAAACAAUCAAAUUAGAAUGAAAAUACGCGUGAUUUUGUGGGCAUUAACUUGUUCCUUUGUGAUUGACAUCCAUUUGUGCCACAUUUACACAUCCUCCCAUGGUGUCCAUAACCAUUUAGAACUUGAAAGAAAAAUACUGGAUAGUUUGACGGACUAUAUCAGACGGCAAGAGAAAAAUGGACUUCAUUUUGAUUCUUCUAUUAAAGAAGCCAUCGAAAAUAUCGAGACUAAAAAUAACGUUUCCUUGUCAAACGAAGAUUUUGCCACACCCAUUUCUGUAUACCACGUGCUUUCACGCGCAACACGUGACUGGGUGACACUGGAGCGGAAAAUGACGUGUGAGGAAGAUGAAGACUGCCCUGUUCUUACUGGCGCAGACGUUAUCGAAGUUGUUAAGAGAAAAUCAGGAUACCGUUGGCCAGAAGCGGAUGACAUAAACCUUGCAUCCAGAGCCAUUUUGAAUGUCUGGAAUGUAUAUGACCUUGACCUUGAGACUGUCCUAACUGGAAAAGUAGGCCAUGUAUCUAAUGAUGCGAUCGACGCGGAUGCCGUUUUCACCAUUGCCAAUGCAGCGAGAGAUUUUGGACUGCUGUAUGAAGCUAUUAAAUGGUUUGAGUAUUUGGCUGAAAAUUUGUCUAAGUAUGACUCAGACCACGACGUCAAACAUUCGGCGCUUGUCAGGCGCUUGGCGUUGACGUACAAAGAGUACGGUAUAACCUCGAAAGGCGUACAGCUUCUAGAAAUCUUCUCAAAGAUAGACCCUGAUAACAAAGGUGUGACAAGUGACCUCCAGUUCUUGCGCGCGCAUAGCGGACGUGAUGACAUCACUGAAGUAACGCGGUUUGACAAUGAAAAUGUUGCUGACAGAGAUGUCCAGGAAUUUGAACAGCUUUGUCGUUCGUCCGUUGAGGAGAAAGAAGGCAAUUUGUCUAAAUUCCAUUGCCAUCUCACACCGCUUUUAGAUUGCUAUGGUUACGUUCAAGUGGAAGUUUUGUCACGUCGACCAAGGAUAGAAAUUUACUAUGAUGUCAUUAAUGAAAAGGAAGCGGAGAAAAUAAAAACAUAUGGAGAAAAUGCGUUUCAACAGAAGUAUGACAUGUUUCCUUAUAAAGACGGAAAAAGAGCAGACUUCAGACACCGAAGUGGGUUGCUAUGCGAGUGGAACGAGCGUUACCAACUUUUGAGGAACGUUUCUCGGCGACUGGAACGAAUGACGAAAUUUCACAUUUAUAAUGUUGGUGACGUCACUAGCUCUGAAUGCUACCAGAUGGAAAAUAUAGGUCCCGGUGUACCUACGCGAUCUUGGACAGAUUUCUGGGACAAUGACUAUCAGCCAUAUCCAUUUGCUGGAAACAGACUAGCUACAGUUAUGAUUCAGUUAUCAAACCCGACAUAUGGCGGCACAGUGGUAUUUCCGAAGAUGGACAUCAGUGCCCAUAUCCAAAAGGGGUCAGCUAUCGUUUGGGAGAACUUGAAGCAGAAUGGAAAACCAAGCCCGAAGUCCACACAUCAGUAUUGCCCGAGUAUCGUCGGACCGCAACUUGGACUGUUCAAGAACUUUCUAUACUCAAACCAGCUAUUUCGAAGACCUUGCCCACGUCAACAAAGGAGAUAUUAGAACUUAUAUCUGAAUAAAAGUGUUAACUCUAAUACUUAAUCUUGUAAAUGGAAUUGAAUGAUAAUAAAACAAAUUUUACCGUAACAUUAUUAAUAAAA